AUGAGAGUAAAAGCUCUUCUGGUGCUCAUGGAGUUUCUGCCGCUGCGACUGGGCUGGCUGCGAGCAAUGGACUUCGCACCGGAGACCAAAAUCUCCAAGACAAAGAGUCACUGGGUUUCUAUAUUGGAGGAUAUCAAGGAAGUUCGAGAAAGUUUAUCAACCGUUGAUCCCUUCUCGCUCAGCGAGCCGACAAGCGAGGGUGGAAGUGGACAAUCAGACGUGAGCCUUCCUAUUGGACCUGAAGCAAAAUUAGACAUCAAGGAUAUUCUUGUCUCGCUACCUACUCGUCCUAUCUGUGAUAUGUUGGUCUCCCGAUAUUUCAAUGCUCCGUACAUGGUACUAGGUAUUUUGCACUCGGGAAAAUUUCAAGAUGAAUAUGAGGAAUUCUGGAAAGCACCACACAAAGCUCCCAUCCUUUGGGUUGCGCUUCUUUUUACUGUUUUGAGUGUAUCAGUUCAUUUCUGUAUGAAACUGAACGCAGACGCGGCUUUGAAUGGUACAAUUCCAUCGCCCGAAAUCUUUCAACAGAAGACAGCGCAGUGCCUUUUGCUAGGAAGAUAUAGAACAGCCAAUGCCUAUGCAUUAGAGGCAUUGAUUCUGUAUCUUCAGAGUGGCUUUUUGGGCGAUAUGAAAACCGGCUCCCGACAGUGGUUCGACAUGGGGAUCAUACUCAGGCUAGCAUUCCGCAUGGGCUACCACCGUGACCCCAGCACUUUCCCCGGAAAGACAACACCAUUUGAUAGUGAGAUGAGACGUCGAGUGUGGCUGAAUAUCUUCCAGUUGGAUGCACUCUUGAGUUUCCAGCUAGGCCUUCCAAGCAUGAUACCAGCUGAGUGUUGUGACACCCACCUUCCCAGGAACCUAUACGAGGCCGAUCUUCAUGUGGGGAUGCUAGCGUUGCCUCCAUCGCGGCCGACCUCGGAAUAUACCCCUUGCCUCUAUUCCAUCUCUAAGGCUGGUGUAAUGAGCAUCUUCAAAAAGAUCGUUGCACAUACGAUUUCGCUCGCAACACCAUCUUACAGCAGGACCAUCAAUUUGGAUGCAGAGAUGAGGGGCGCUUACAGUCUACUUCCUGAAUUCCUUAAACGAAGAGACACGAGUCAAUCUCUCAUGGAUUCAUCCGAAAUAAUCUUAAACCGAUGCAACAUCGAACUCAUGUACCUGAAAGGACUCGUCGUUCUGCACCGACGGUAUAUCCGAUACGAGGACCAAGACGCCAAAUUCGAGUCUUCGCGACGCUUCUGUGUAGAAGCAGCUCUUGAAAUCCUCGCCCGCCAAGCAGACUUACAUCAAGCAUUUCAACCUGGUGGCCGUCUACACGAAGACCAGUGGAUGCUUUCCUCAUUGACAAUUCACGAUUUCCUCUUAGCUGCAAUGGUAAUCUGUCUGGAUAUAUCCGUGCGCCUUGAAUCCCAUACGACGGCGUUUGUAGACGAGCGCGCAGACCAUGGCUUUGUUUCGAGAGAGAUUGUCGCACUGAAGACAUCCCAACGCAUUUGGGCGGCUAAUAGCCAUCGCUCGCCCGAAUCUCGCAUUGCGUCACUAACCUUGGACUUGAUGGCCCGGAAAGUGGCUGAGCGUCAGGCUACAUUCUCGUCCAAUGAGGCUGCGUUUAUGGAUAUUCCUCGAAUGAGCCCGGAGUUGCCCUACAUGGAGCCAAUGUCCGAAAUGAUUGAUGGGUCUGAGACUCUGGACUGGCUCUUGUUGGACCAGUAUUUCCAGAACUCUGGUCUCGAGGUGCCUCAGUUAGACUCUAAUGAGAUGGGUGGGUUGUUUACGGAUGUUCCUGGAGCACUUGACCCUUUCGCAUAUAAUUAG